AUCGCCAAAAAAAAAAAAAAGAUUUGAGAUCUUUCAUCUGAACUUCGGCGUGGCGUGCGCGAGUUCAUCCCCUCCCCUCACCGAAGUACAGAAUUUAGAAGAAAUUUCAAAUUAAUAGAGCCAAAAUCAUGAAAUCAUCCAAUAUCGCCGUAUGGCUAUCAAUCGCAGCCGGCGCGCUCGCAUGCGACGGCGGGCACGACGACAUCAGCGCCCUUGACACCGGGCUGGCAGCGACAGACAGCAAUGACGCGCAGCAGCAGCUUCGGGAUCGCAUGUGCGCCUCGAGCCCGUUGACUGUUGCAUCGCUGCAGAGCAUUAUUACGAAAAACGACACAUCUCAGUACGGCGUCCUUGACACGGCAGACGAAUCCCAUGUUGACGAGGGCGUCGUACCUGAUGGACUGGGUGACUCGGAAGAGGCGCGGAUUCGUUAUGGAACGAAUCUCAAAUCACCGUCAGGCCUCUGGCAAGUCCGCCCCUCCCCAGGGAAAGGCCUCGGCAUCUUCGCCAUCGCCCCCAUCCCCCGCGGCACCGUAAUCAUAGACGAACGCCCCCUCUUCACAAUUAACCCGGGCGCUCUCACCCCAGGCCAAGGCUUCGCCUUCGCCGCCAUCGCAACCCUUGUCGACCAAGCCUUUGCCCAACUCGACGCCUCCAGCCGCACAGCCUACCUCUCCUGCCCGGCGCACCGCGACCCGGGGGGCGCAGACGCCGGCAUCAGCCGGGAAGCCCUCAUCUUCCGCACAAACGGCUUCACCAUGUCCUCUGGCGAGAUUGGCAUCUUCCCGCACAUUGCCAAACUCAACCACGCGUGCCGUCCCAACGCGGGGUCCGCCUCGGUCGGCGGGCGGAGGGUGAUUUGGGCGGGGCGGGAUAUCGCGCCGGGCGAGGAGGUGACGAUUACUUACGCGCCGCUGGUGCAGGACACGGACAGCAGGCGGGCGAGGCUUGCGCAGUGGGGGUUCACAUGUGACUGCGCCGCGUGCGAGGCGCGGGACGAUGACGAUAAGAGGAUCGAGAUGAAGAGGCUGAUGGGGAUUAUUGAGCGGGAACUCGGGAGCGAUGCGUUUGGCGGGGACGUGUUGCCCGACGCGGAGCGACUCGUGAAGCUUGUUGAGGAGGUUGGGUUGGUGGAUUACCUGGGUAAAGCGUAUAAAUAUGCUUCGUAUGCGGCGUCGAGGUCGGGCAAGUUUGGGGCGGCGAGGAAGUGGGCGAGGAAGGAGUUGAAGAUUCAUGAGAUUGCCGAUGAGGAGUCGGAGUAUGCGAGGGAGACGAGGGCGUUUUUGGCGUCGCUUCCGUUGUUGUGAAGGGACGGUUUGUGUGGGACAGCUUACGAGAUUUCCAUCAAUGGUUGCCGGCUCAUGUCUCUCGGAGCCGAGUCAAGGUCGGCACAGAGAAGGGGUUUGCGAGUCGGUCCAGUCCCCGCCGUUGAGUCACCCCGGCCGGUUGUGACGCGGCCCGAAA